AAACAAUUUAGCGUUGAAGACACGCAGCCUUUUACUCGGUCGUCUUCGUCCUCUUUGUACCCCUUCCGCUUCUGACUCUUUUAGAAUUAGAGACUUAUGUAAAUGGCGGAGGACGAUUUAGAAACUCCCUAUCAUCCCGACCCGGAGCGUAUACCAGUCGAUCUCUUCGCCUCCAAAAAGCUUCCCGGUCUCCUCUCUCCCGGAGAUCUAGGCUUUGCCGAUUCCUCCGAUCACCUCCUCUUCGUCCUCUGCAAAUCUUCUUCCUCCCUCAAAUUCCUCCUUGAUUCCUCCGGAGUUCCCCUUUUCUCCAUCUCCCGUCUCCACAAUGGAAUGUGGGAAAUACACAAAGGAGAUGUCGGAAAGAGUAAGGAGUUAGUCCUAACGGUUAAGCGGACAUCCAACAAAUUCAGCAAGACAGAGUUAGAUGUCUCUUUUGCAGGAGAAUCUUCGUCGCCGCAGCAGGAGAAUCUUGUCAUCAAAGGUUGCCCCUUUCAGAAAUCAUGUACCAUUUACAGUCAAGACUCCAUCGUUGCACAGACGAGUUUGAUGUACAAGCUGAGGCAGAUUUACGUAGGGAGAAGCAAGUUCCGGCUAACUAUAUUUCCAGGAUCCAUUGAUCGUUCUCUAGUUGUCGCUAUGGUCGCUGUGUUUCUUCAAGGCAGAAAUUGAGUUCAAAUAAAUCUUCAAACUUGGCUUCUCAUUGUAAAGGGAAAAUGUGACAAAAAGGCAUUGAUCUUAUUAAGUGGUACAUUGCAUUCUCAAUGCCUUUUGAUUCAAUCGGCUCUGAAGUGAAAAUGUGAAUACGAGGAGCUUUGCACUUUAUCGAUUCUAUUGUCAGCCCUUUGACAUUUUAGUUUCUUCUUUCUCCUUUGAAACAUAUAUGACUAGAAAUUCUGGUAACAGGGGUGGAUAUAAGAAAACUUUUAGUCGUGUGUAUGAUUACGAGAUUUGAUUUGUCUACGAAUAUUUUCAUAGGUUUUGAGUUAAGUACCUGAUUCUGA